AUGACAACCCUUCCAGACCCAACCAACGCCACUCGCGCAACCCCCAACAUCCCCAUCGAGAAAGCAACCCUCCACAUCGGCAGCUCAACCUUCAUAACUGCUCCGUCCCAUGAAGUCUGGGCUGCCCUGACGAACACCUCAACCUGGCCAAGCUGGAACACCUUUGUGCCACGCGUAACCAUUCGCUCCCAGCCAACCCCAGACCCAUCUCCAACUACCUCCGCACUGGACCCAACACCAGCAUCAACAUCCACACCAACCUCCCAACCCACAAAUACAAACACAACCCUAUCCCCAAUCCUCCAAAAGGGGACAAAAUUCACCUUACACGUUCGUAUGGAUACAACCUCCACCAAGGCCCAGCCCGCAACAGACGUCCAUGCCCUCGUCAGCGAAUGCAGAGCGCCGAACGCAGAAACCGGCGAGGUCGGCCGUAUUGUUUGGUGCGCUGACCCCGAAGCGUCGGGCUCGUAUUCGCCAUCACUCUUGAGGGCGGAGCGCGUGCAUGAGCUUACGGCUGUUGAGGCUGGGACGGAGGUACGGAAUUGGGAGGCGCAGGUUGGGUGGUUGGUUUAUGUGGUGCGGUGGAUGUAUAAGGUUAAGCUGCAAGCGAAUUUUGAGAUGUGGGUUGCUGAUUUGAAGGGAUUUGUUGAGGGGGGCAGUAAUGCUGGUUCUUCUUGA